AAGUGACGCGCGCAAGGGAGAAAGAGACCCGCAUUCCGGAAGUGACGCAGUUAAGAAGCGUGGGACCCGGAAGCGGAGCUGCUGGAGCCGAGAGGAUCAUGGCAAAGGUCACCUUCAAAGUCACGCUCACCUCCGACCCGCGGCUGCCUUACAAAGUGUUAAGUGUCCCCGAAAGUACGCCUUUCACUGCUGUCUUGAAGUUCGCUGCGGAAGAAUUCAAGGUACCGGCAGCAACAAGCGCCAUCAUAACCAACGACGGAAUAGGAAUAAACCCAGCGCAGACGGCCGGAAACGUUUUCUUGAAGCAUGGCUCAGAGUUGCGGCUUAUUCCCAGAGAUCGUGUUGGGAGAUGCUGGCAGGCGCAGAAUCCACUUUCGACUGGGUCAUAAGCAGCAAAGACAUCCGUAAGCAUCUCCACCAUCAGAGCAUCCUGCAUUUCCCUGUGAAAACAUCAGGUCAGCAAUGAGCUGUUGCCAAGAAAGACUCUUAUUUCCUUCUUCAGAGAAGAACAACUUCUAAUUGCGUUCUCCCUGCCCUGGUUCAUUGUGGAGGCUUCCGUUUGCCAUCACUGAGGAGGAGCGCAUGGUUUCUGUGCUGCAUGCCUUUCUCCCCUGAAGCGAAUAGAGAAGCCUGUGCAAGUGAUCUUCCCACGUACCUCUAUGGACUCAGCCUUACUGCAUUGUCCUGCUCAUUGCAAUGUCUUGGUAUGGGUUUAAAAAUCUGAUGAUGGCUUUAAAAUUAUCUGUUCAUAAGGAAAACCUUUCCGCUACUAACACUGUGUUAACUUAAUAAAGUUAACUUAACUUAAUUAACAUUGUAUUAACUUAAUCCUGGAGCAGAUAUCCCCCGAGUUUGGAUUGAUUUUUUUUUAUUAUCAGGAGCCCUGUGCUACAUUCCAGAAAUAUUUAUUCAUUUGAACUCUGUUUGCUUAAUGUAUGGAGGACAGUUAUUUCGUUAGUAUCUCUUUUCAUGCUUUAUAAGCUUUGGACCAUGAAAUCAUUGGUCUUUGCUGGUUCAAAAUGAUAUUAUUGGAUAUUUCCCACCUGACAUGCAUUGACUGGCUAAUACAUUAAAACUUUGUUCUGUGUUGCAGAGCCUCUUGAUACAAAAGUUCUGGUCAAUGCUCUUAAAAGGGAAAACUAUAGUAAUUACAGAAAUGUUAUGUGUGUAAAUCUUAGAUCCGUAACGUGCCAAAUUAGUUUCUCCCAGCUCUCAGUGGCUUGUCCUAAACCCUUCCUGUUUGGUGUUUUCCCUAAAACGCAGCAAAACCUCAGGAUUCCACCUAAAUUGGUGUGGGUUUUGUCUGCUGUGGCCAAUAUUCACUCUGUAUAAUUUGUAUUCUUGGAGCAAAAUAAAGUGUCCAUCUCCACCAAA